GUUGCUGGUCGCAAAGCGCGUGUCACCAAUGUCGUCUGUGAGCUUUACUACCCUCGCCACUGAUUGGACCGACAGACAGUUGUUGCCGUCAUUUCCCUCGUGGCGCCGUGUUCGUAUCGGCCAAUAGUGGCUCACGGUGACACGGGUCCUAUCGAAAUGGAGGAAUCGCUCCACCAAUCAGAUUUCUCCGCUGCGACUGGCACUGUCACCGCAGCCAAUCAGUGACCCCAAGUCCUUCGAGCUGGACUCCCUCAAAUAGCCGGAGAGAUGAAGGCAGCAGAUGAGCCUGCCUACCUGACAGUGGGAACUGAUGUCAGCGCCAAAUACAGAGGAGCUUUCUGUGAGGCCAAAAUCAAGACUGUCAAACGUAUGGUGAAAGUCAAGGUGACCCUGAAAGGCGAGAGCACGUCUCAGGUGGUUCAGGAUGACCAGGUUAAAGGAACUCUGAGGGUGGGCUCCACUGUGGAGGUGAAGACCAACGAGGGUCUCUGCUGCGAGGCCGUUAUCAGUAAGCUGACGGACGCCAGCCUGUACACUGUGGUGUUUGACGAUGGUGAUGAGAAGACGCUCCGCCGGACGUCUCUUUGCCUGAAGGGAGAGAGGCACUUUGCAGAGAGCGAGACGCUUGAUCAGCUGCCGCUCACCAACCCGGAGCAUUUUGGUACGCCUGUUAUCAAAAAGUCCAACCGAGGAGGCCGGCGCUCGUCUCAGGCUGUGGCUGAAGAGGAGAACGAGUCUUCCUCCAGUGAGGACGAGGAUGAGGACAGGAGGAGGCUGAACGAUGAGCUGUUGGGAAAAGUUUGCAGCAUUCAGAGUGGGGACGACUGCAGCUGCUGGUUUCUGGCUCUGGUGGUGUCUCCGAGCUGUAACGAUGAGCAGGUGGUGAGGAAGGACCAGUGUCUGCUUCGCUCCUUCUCGGACGGAAAGUUUUCCACUGUGGUGAGGAGACACAUCCAUGUGGUCAACUCUGUCAGCAUCACCAGGUCCGAGUUCUCCAACAGGAGAGGUUUUGAAGCAGCCCAGGACUUUCUGAGGAGCAGGGAAGUUCCAGAUGUUUGGAAGAUGGACAUGAGUCAGAUCCUAGACUCCUCCUCCAGCGAGGAGGAUGACGACCAAGACGAGAAGGAGAAGGAGAGUGAGGACGAGGAGGAGGAGGAAGAUGAUGAUGAAGAGGAAAAGAAGAAGAAGAAGAAACGCAUCAAAGAGGAACCGGAGGAGGAGCUGGACCCGGAGGAGAGGGAUCACUUCCUGCAGCAGCUCUACAAGUUCAUGGAAGAUCGAGGGACUCCCAUCAACAAGCCUCCAGUCCUGGGCUACAAAGACCUGAACCUCUUCAAGCUCUUCAGACUGGUUUAUCAGCAGGGGGGCUGUCGCAAGAUCGAGUCUGGUACCAUUUGGAAGCAGAUCUACAUGGAUCUGGGGAUCCCCAUCCUCAACUCGGCUGCUUCCUACAAUGUGAAGACGGCUUACAAGAAGUAUCUGUACGGCUUCGAGGAGUACUGCCGCUCCGCCUCCAUCACCUUCCGGACCAUCCACCACAACAACCCCCGCCCACCCGCCGCACCGGCCAGUCAGAGGGCAGCAGGGCCGGAGCUCAGAGAAGCCGCUUCGCUGCCGGUGAAGACGGAGCCGGUGGAGGUGAAGGGCGAGGAGGCGGAGUCCGACAGCGAGAGCGAGAAGGAGGAGGUGAAGGAGAGACACUCCUCCGGCAGGGGGAGGAGGAGGUGCGUGGGGGGGCGGAUGAAGAUGGAGAGAAGGGGAGGAGCAGGAGAGAACAGCGAGGAGCAGCAGAGGGAAGGGAGGCGGCGCAGCAACAGGAGGACAGACGACUCCGAGAGAGGCUCCGAGGACGAGGAGGAUGACGAUGAUGACGACGACGAUGAAGAGGAAGAGGAGGAGGAAGAUGAAGAAGAGUCACAGAGGAGGAGAGAAGAAAGGGCUGAGGACGACGAGGACGGGGACUCGGUGACGGGGACGAAGGUGCGGGUGAAGUACGGCAGAGGGAAAACCCAGAAGAUCUACGAAGCCCACAUCAAGAAGACAGACAUGGACAACGGGGAGCAGUUCUACCUGGUUCAUUACUACGGCUGGAACGUCAGGUACGACGAGUGGGUGAAGGCUGACCGCAUCAUCUGGCCCGGGAAGAAAGCGACGAAGGAGAGAGCCAGGAAGAAGCUGAAGAACAAAGAGGAGUCAGAGGAGGAGAAGCCAGCGCCGCUGCCGCAGUUGAAGCCGACCGCAGCGAAGCGGGGCCGUCCUCAGAUCAGGGCCACGCCGGCCAACUCCGCCAACCGCAGCGUCUCCAAGACCCCGGGCAGCGAGGGCCGGUCCAACGGCGGGAGGAGGACGGACACGCCGUCCAACAUGGCCAACGGAGACAACGCUCCUGGGAGACGGACCAGGAGGACGUCGGGGAUGUACGACUCGGACCGAGCGUCUAACGAGGAUUCGGGGAACUCCUCGGACGACAGCGGGUCAGAGGACCCGCCUGACAAAAAGUCGUCGCUGUGGAGUGGAAGAGGCGAAGCCCCGCCCAGCCAGGCUGAAGAGGAGGAGCCGGAGGAAGAAGAGGAGGAGCCAGAGGACGAGGAAGAUGCCAGGAGCGAGGUCGCCAAUGUCCCAGUGCACGGUGACACCAGCUCCGUUUCCAUGGCAAUGAUGGCUCAGUUGCCCGCUGCUGCUGUGGUGCCGUGUCCCAGCAUGCCUCAGGAAAAAGCCGACAAGGUCGUGAGCCAAUCAGAGGAGCACGCGGAGCAGGGGGCGGAGCCUGCAGGAGACGCUGCAGUGCUGCCGACACACUUGGACAAUAAGACGUCGCCUGCUGGGAAGACAGCCCCAGUCCACGACUCUGAGAAGACGUCUCCGGGACGAGAAGCUUUCCUCGACACUCGGCCCAGCAGGACGCCGCCUCCGCCGCCGCUGCUGCCCGACAGCCUCACCAAAACUCCCGAGAGGCCGUCGCCUGCCCCCGAGGACGAGGAGCGCUCCACUGCUGUGUCGUCGCCGAGGAUCAAAGGUCGCAGGGCCAUCGUCAGGGAAACGGGCUGCGAGACUCCCCCCAGAAUCCCUCUGGUCACUCCCGCCGCGUCCAGCCCCGCCCACACGGCGCCGCUACCGUCUCCUCCCCGCAGCGGAUUAAAGAGGCAGGACGAGCCCAUGGUGGUCCUCCACUGUCUCCCCACGCAGCGCCUCCCCCCCGAAUCCCCCGCCGCCUCCGACACAGACUCCGCCUCCGAGGAGGAGGAUGGCGAGGAGGAAGCGGAGCAGGAGAGGAGCGUCACUGCGGUCAAACGAAAGGCUGCUGAGCAGAGAGGACCCGGGAAGAAGCUCCGCCCCAGCAGGAGGCCGGAGGAGGCCGCCUCCCCCAAAACCCUCGCCUCCCCCCUGAGAAGAAGCGAGGGCGCCACAAAGGUGGAGGAGUGGCCCCGCCCCGAGCAGGAGGAAGUAGCACAGGAGUGCCUGAUGGCCAUGAAGGAGCAAGAAGCCCAAAUACCUCCUCCCACCUCCACAGAGCCUCCCACUGAGGAGGCGGAGCCACAGAUGGGCGCCGAAGCGCUGGUCUGCCAUGAAGUUGACUUGGAUGACCCGGACGAGAAGGAGAAGCCCACUCCCGCACCAGAGCACCUCCUCCUCCUGAUGAGGGAGCAGCCGCCGGCCCCGCCCCCUCUGCCCCACCUCCUGCACAGCACCACGGCCUCUCCUCACCUCCCACAGGCCCUGGUUCGGCCCUUCUUCUCUUCCACCACUCUGAGCCCCGCCCCCUAUCCAGAGGAGCUCCGCCCCUCCAAGGAGGAGGAAGGGCGGGGUGCGAUGAGGGCGGAGCCAGAGGGCGACUCCAGCCCGGGUGGUGACGGCAGCGCCUCGUCAUCCUCCACCUCUCUGUUGUCUCUGCAGGACAAGGAGCGAGGUCACAAGCGUGUGACAGACUCCACCUGCAGCCCGACCGCCAAGAAACAGAAACGCAGCCAGAAGCGACCGAGCACGCCGGGGAAGGCGGAGAAGAACGGGGCAGGUCACAGCAGUGACAGCGAGGACCAGUCCCGUCUGUCCUCCCUGAAGCCUCAGAAGUCUCCUCGAUGUCCGGCCCUGUCGUCUCCGUCUCACAGUAAAGAGAAGAGCGGCUUCAUGUCGCCGCAACGCACCUACAAGUGGACCUUUCAGCUCGAUGAGCUGGACAACAUGUCGAGCUCAGAGAGGAUCUCCUUCCUGCAGGACAAACUGCAGGAGAUCAGGAAGUACUACCUGAGCCUCAAGUCAGAAGUGGCGUCGAUCGACCGCCGCAGAAAGAGACUGAAGAAGAAGGAAAGAGAAGUGUCCAACACCACAGCGUCCACCUCCUCGGGGUCCUCAGACACGGCCAUGAGUCCGUCCUCGGCGUCGCCCACUCAAAACAACGUGGCAGUGGAGUGCAGGUGAUGACACGCCCACCCAGACCCCGCCCAAUGGCCCAGCCCCACCCCCUCCCAACAGCACAGACUCCGCCCACUCCAACUGACGCAGUGGCUAAUGGGAAAUACUCCAGACAAGGAGAGGGGAGGGGCUGAGCUUAGCCCCACCCCCUCACAAAUGGACUGACUGUUGGAGGAAAAAAGCGCCUUCUGUUCUAAGCUCCGCCCCCUCUGCCCCCCCUCCAGAGUGACGUCAGCAUUUUUUGUUUUCCUCCCACUGACUUCUUAAAAAGAAAAAUGGACUGACUGUAGGAACGUUUUGCGACUUCCUGCUGUGACUGUUUUUGGUCUUUCUUUUUUUAUAUACCGAAUCAGAGUUUUUAUUUUGGUAAAAACAGACGAUAAAAGUUAAAAAAAAAAAAAAAAAAAAAAAUGGUGGUCACAGCAGGAAAC